CUAAUCUGUGAUCCAACAUGGGUGACCAAUCAGCUGACAUUUCUGAAGGCAUAUUUUUCCAUGGUGUAAUUAUCUAAAUUGGGUAAAUUAUUACAUAAAACCUGCUCCGAGACAGUUUUCAGUGAUAAACUCGUUAUUCAAGUGAAUAAUUAAUCAUCAUCUGUUAUGGAUAUCGAAAUCAGAGUUGCAUCCUGCAUGCAGUCCAGACAAUCAGAAUAAACAAACCAUGGAAGAACCUAUAAGUGAAACCAUAGAAAACCAUUUGGACGCAAACAAAAUCACUUAGUAACAAACUAAACUAAACAUUAACAAAACUAAAAACUAAAAUAUAGCAAAAUUUAACACAACGGAGAUCUAGUCUCUAUAGAGAAAUAGAAAUAUAAAAAUUAAUAGUGCAAUUAAAUAUAUAAAAAUAGAGAAAGAUUUAAAUUAUAAAAAAAGAUUAUAUUUAUUAACUUUUUUAUUUUGUUAGUAUUUUUUUUUCGCCGUUCAUAAGUCAAUGUUGUUGUUGUAAAAAAUAAAAGUAUAAAUAGUUGCUAGUUGUGAAAAUUGACAAGUAGUUGGCACAUAAUUCCAUUCUAUUUUUAAAUAAUUUAAAAAAAUAAUAGUUUGACUAUUACAAAUGGUUACCAAAGAGUUUAUAUAUAUAGAGAUUAAAUAAGUUUUAUGAGUUGGGGGUGUUAAAGGGGUGAAUGAACUUUGGGCAUAGAGAAUUUAAAAUGGCCGCCACAAUGGUUGAGACGCCCCCUCCUCAGCUGAUUACUACGAUAGAAUGGAGUAUGAUGGACAAAACUAAGUUUUUUCCAUUGUAUACUUUAAGCAGUUUUACAGUAAGAUGCGCGCUAUACCCACUAACUUUAAUAAAAACACAAAUCCAAGUGCAGAGAAAGAAAGAGGCAUACAGUGGUGUAGCUGACGCUAUAUCUAAGAUAUAUAAGAAUGAAGGCGUGCCCGGACUUUAUCGAGGGUUCUGGCUCUCCAGUUUUCAGAUAAUAUCAGGAAUUUUCUACAUAACUACGUAUGAAGGUGUACGAUAUGAGCUCGGGAAGUAUGAUGUCAGUCCCAAAGUGAAGUCGUUUAUAGGCGGUGGCUGUGCGUCGAUAGUGGGUCAGACGAUCAUAGUACCAUUUGAUGUACUAAGCCAACAUCUUAUGGUCUUAGGCCUCGUCAAAGGAAGAGGCAAUGCUAGGAAUCCACAAAUGAACCCUCUCGGCUUAGAUCUAGAGAAGCGCAUGUCCAAGGCGGCGUUGGCCAAAGAGGUGGCAGUACGCGUGUAUCAGCUGCACGGGCCGCUCGGCUACUACCGCGGAUACACGGCCUCGUUGGCCGCGUAUGUACCAAACUCGGCGCUAUGGUGGGCGCUGUAUACUGCUUAUCAAGAUGAGCUCCUAAAAAUAGCUCCGUCGUGGGUAUCGACGCUGUUGAUCCAGUGCGCGGCCGGCACACUAGGCGGGUUCACCACGACCUUCCUAACCAAUCCAUUGGACAUAGUACGCGCUAGGUUACAGGUCGAAGGAGUAGAAAUAAUGAAGCAAAUAUUCAAGACGCUAUGGGCAGAGGAGGGUCUAGUAGGACUGUACUUCAAGGGUCUGUCAGCGCGGCUGCUGCAGUCAGCCUGCUUCUCAUUCAGCAUCAUCCUCGGGUACGAGAGCAUCAAGAGAGUCGCGCUCAGCGACGAGUUCAAGCCGAGAGUGCGUUGGUGACGAUAAUAAAUACCUUACGUAUA